AUGCCGAUCUUCACCAAAGACUCAACCGGACCCGAAGUGGCCGCAGCUCUUGCUUCCUACAUCGAGGGCAAGGUUAUCAUCAUCACAGGAUGCAGCCCCAACGGCCCGGGUGCCACAGCGGCAUUGGCCAUCGCACCACACCACCCAGCUUUGAUCAUCCUUACUGGAAGAACUCGCUCACUCAUUGAGGAGACCGAGAGGGAAAUUCUGAAAGAGACACCCGACGCCAAAACCAGGCUUCUGACCUUUGAUUUUGCAAGUCUCGAGUCCGUUCGUGAGGCUGCGAAGAAAGUGAACAGAUAUUCAGAACAAAUUGACGUCCUUAACAACAACGCCGGGAUCAUGGCAACUCCGUUUGAGAAGACAGUUGAUGGCAUUGAGAGCCAGUUUGCUGUCAAUCAUCUUGGACCUUUCCUCUUCACUAACCUUGUCCUUGGAAAAUUCCCCCGCGGUGGAAGGAUUGUCAAUGUCAGUAGCACGGCCUAUCACUUCGGGGGGUUCCGAUUCGACGAUCCGAACUUUGAGACCGAGCCGUACAACAAAUGGCUAGCCUACGCACAGUCCAAGACCGCCAAUAUACUCUUCUCAGCAGCCCUAGCGGAGAGACUUGGACCGAAGAACGUCUUCUCGUUCUCGCUCCAUGUCAGCGGUGGUAUCUACACCAAUCUUGGGAAGCACAUGACUGCUGAAGACCACGCGAUGUUAUCCUCCGUCGCGAUUGUUACACACCAGCAAGGCACGUCAUCAUACAUUGCGGCCGCAUUUGAUCCUGAACUUGAAGAUAGAUGAGAACCUAGACUCCUACACACACCCCCCUGGGACUAAUACUACAAUAGCAAGUGACGGUGCGUACUUGGAAUAUUGCAAACCUGUCCCAACUAAAGAAGAGGCUCCAUGGGCGCGAGGAAAGGAGAAUGCGGAUAAGCUUUGGGCACUUAGCGAGGAUUUGGUUGGAGAAAAGUUUGAUGUUUGAAGAGGUUAUUCUGGGAUGACUGCUCUCCUCGACCAUAUUAUGCUUUGUUUCGUAGAGAGCAAUCCAGCACUAGCUUGAGUGCCACUUUCGGGAGCUGGUCACCACUGUCAGGAGCAGCUCCGUCGCCAUAAGCCGAAUUUUCAAGAGGUAGCUCAGGUUCCGCUGUGUGAACUUUGACAUCGCGCAUAAAUCAUGAAAUCCCCUUGGGGCUCCCCGAGC